CAUCAUUAAUCCGUCAAAAACUAGACUAAAAUACUAAAUAUAACCUCAAAGUUAAAUCUACAAAUUUCUCUUUAGUAGCUUUUUAUAUUUUAAAAGAAUUUAAAACAAUAUGGCUGCAGAAAUUCAAAAGAAAUUGCAAAAGGAACUCGAAGUGUUUAAUAGCCUUCAAAAGGAAUAUCAGAAGGCAGUUUCGCAAAAGCAGCAACUAGACGGUCAAUUAAAUGAAAACAAAGCUGUUAAAGAAGAGUUAGCGCUCUUAAAGAAAGAUUCUGAGGUAUAUAAACUUAUUGGGCCCGUAUUAGUUAAACAAGAAUUGGAAGACGCAAGACAAAAUGUAGCUAAACGAAUGGAAUACAUAAGCAAAGAAAUUAAAAGAACAGAUGUUCACAUCUCCGCAUUAGAGAACAAGCAAGAGGCAAUCCAAGAAAAUGUUAAUAAGCUUAGAAAUAAUCUUGGCAAUUUAAAAAUUUCAGCUUAAAUCAACAUCUUAUGAUAAACUAUAAAAUUAAACUAUAGAAUUAUAUUGUAUCUAUUAAUGUGGUAUUCUCACGUCAUUUUCCUUAUUUGGAGUUCUAGGAAGUAGUAAAAAAUAAGUUUCUUUCAAAAUAAUUAUUAUAUAAAACCAGUCAAAUCAAAGUGAUCAAUUCCUCUAAUGACAUAGUUGCAAAGAAACUUAUAAAAAAAGGCAUGUAUUAACACAACUUACAAGAUAUUAUAUUGUUUUUCUGGUACAAUUUAUACCAUUAUUUGUCUAAAAUUAAUGUUAAUAAUUUAAAUAAAACAUUUAGUAAGUAA